AGGCACCGAUCUUGGGCCCAAGGGGGGGGGGGGCAGGCCGUGAUCAGGGAGUGGUCAGUUGACCUCGCCCGAGGGGGAGGAGCCAUGGCGGUGAGGAGCAGUGGCCGCCGCCGCGGCCAGCUCUCCCGAGCAUCUGCGUCCGGCAGCGCCGGCUGGGUCCUGAGCGUGGUCGCCACGGCGGGAGGGGCGGCGGCAGGCGCUUGGCGAGCGGUCAGACUGGGCCGGGAGCUCGCAGGCCGCGCCCUGGUCCUGAACAAGGGACCGCUCGUGGCGCAGCGCCUGGCCCCUGGCGCGCGGACGUCGUUCAGCCGCGACACGCUGCCGGUGCUCGGGGAGCAGAACACGGCGCUCGUCGGCCCUCACGGUGCGGAGGCUUCGGGAGGAGCUGCGCUCGCGCGGGCUGCCGGUCUCGGGCAGGAAGGCGGAGCUGGUGCGGCGCCUGAACGGCACCACCGUAGGGUCCGGCACACCUCGUUCCCCCAGCAGUGGCGCACGGCCGUGCGUGGGGCUGUCGGCAGUGGGGACUGGCAGUUGGCCCUGCGGGACAGCUACGUGAGGCCGCCCGAGAGGUUCCCAGACGGGGCCAGGAACCCCUUGAGCGCCCUAGGAGAGUGCGCCGACGAGGACUGCGCUCUCACCCGCGUGAGCGGAGGGCAGGAGAGAGUGCGCCCCGAGUUCUUGGAGUACUGCGUGGACCAGAUCGUUCGGUUCGCGAACGUGACAGGUCACGACGGCCUCACAUACUGCACGCUGGGCUGUGGCUGCCUGUACUUCGACUGGGAGCUCCUGGACAGGCUCCGGAGAGAGGGCGUGCGAGUGUCUCAGGUCUGGCUGCUGGAGAGGUGCUAUAGGAAGCGCUACAGGAAGAUUGGCUGGCAUCUCCCUGUCAUGCGCGCCAGGUCACAGUUCAGCCGCUGGUUCGCCAACGCUGGAAUUGAGAUUUACGCGUUCUCCUUCGCAAGGCAGCUCAAGCAGUGGGCGAAGGCCUUCCGGACGAACGGUCAGGCGCAUGUCGUGGUUCAGUGCGAUGCCGUGGAGACCGCUCACCUUCUCGACAGCGACCAGGAGUUCGUGCGGGCUGUGAUGCGCGACGGUGCCAUCAACCUGCAGGUCUACAGCCAGUGCCUCCACCGCCGCGUGGGUGGUACCAGCCGCCGCAGGACCGCCCCCGUCCGGAGGCUGCGCCGCCUCGAGGCCGGCCGGGAGGCGGCGCUGCACCUCUUGGAGGAGCGCCGCUACAAGGACGGAUGGGCAGUGGGUCGACAACAUCUACGGCGACGACGAUGAACAGUCUUCGCAAAGUGGGCGCGACUGAGGCGCAGAACUGAUCAGCCGCAGCAAGGGCAGCGUCCUGCGCUACGAACGCCGCGUUCGGUGUGGAAAAAUGGUUUCGGGCCCUCGCAGAUCCGCGUCCUCAGCAGGAGUACUUGUCCGUCCCCGCUCCCACUC